AUGCUUCUUUUGCGCAGCUGUCGUCCCAUCCUGCUGGCCAGCCCACUCUCGACGGCCCUGCGCGGACUGUCCACGUCGGCUCUGCGCCGCCAAACCUUCAAUCUGGGCCAGGACCCGCCCCGCUACAAAGUCCCCAACGAGAAGGAGCAACGGAACCCCAUCAAGUACAGAUCCAGAGAGUCGCUUUUCUUCAACAAAACGCUGCCUACGAAAUUCCGGCUUGGGAACGAGCCCAUGUACGAGAACCCGCUUGCAGGCUUCGUUGCCGGAGCAAAGAGAUUCAGCCUGGCAUUUGGAUUUGUGGGGCUGUGUUUCUCGUACCUGAUGCUCCAGACAGAGUAUGUUCUGCCAGAGCUGUGCGAGGCUUUUGGCGCGGCCUCGCUUCUGCCGUACCCUGUGGUGCAGUAUCUGUACUCGCCGUACGUGCUCCGCAUCUACAGACUCUACGACACCACCAAGGAGCAGACCCUGGAGAACCUGGUGGCCGACGAGACACUCGUGUUCCAGAAACUCAACUGGUCCGGCUUCAAAGUGUACAACGAGCUUGUCAAGGUGGACGACUUGCAAGUCGCGGCAAAGGACACUCCAGAGGGCCGUUUUGGGUUCUCGAACAUGAUUGCUCGCGAGAAGGACGACCUCACGCGCUCGUUCUACGUUGUUGACGGGUUUGGAGGCAUGCGCAUGAACCGCAUCUGGAAAAUUGCGGAGACGCAUUCCAGCAUCGAAUCUGCUCGGCCGUGA